UUUCGAGCGUACGACUUCACUUAGACGAGGUUUCGCUUUUUAGCUAAAUCGCAACGACUUCUUGCAAUUUAAUCCUCUCUCCUUAAACCCUGUUCUUUUUUUUUUUUUGGAAAAACCCACACCGAAGGAAAAGAGAAGAACAGUUUGUGAGGGGGAGCGAAAGCUCGAAAAUGGCGUUGGGACAUUUGCGCUUAUUUCAGAACCUCUGUCGAAGAAGAACCCAUGUUGCGGAACUUACUCAAUUGCUUGGAAGCUCGAGAAGCUACUCAAAUCUAACUUCGAAUGGUAAUUCUUUGAUAUAGGUUUGUGGCCUUGUGGGUUUGCAUUUUUCUUCGUCAGAUGUUUCUGUCUCUGUUCUGCGAUUUCCCCUUUUCUAUUUUUCUUCUUUUGUUUUCUGCGGAAGAAAUGUUUUUGCUUCAAACUUAUUAAGAUAUUGUGUGUUUCCGAUUGAAAGUUGCUCUUAGUUUCAAUGUAUUAUGAGUAUAUUUGCUUCAUUAAGUUGCACUAAACCAUUGAUUAGAUUAUCUCAGUCUAUAUCACUAGUGUAAUUGGGGAUGUUAUUUGGUGUCUUUUGGUUUCUUCCAAGUUUGUUCUUUUCAGUUAAAAACUUAAAAUAAGUUUGUUCUUGUUGGUUUCUGAAUUUCUGAUUUAGCGUUAAGCCGUUAUGUGCAUCAUGUCUUGCCGUUGCUGUGGAUCAUAUGUAUGUCCUUUUUAUACUAGCUUUCUGAAAUUAUUCUUUUCCUUUCAAAAUAAGCUUAUAAGUUUAUAUCAAUGUAUGUUUUUCUUUUUGCAAAUGGUUUUAUGGGAUUUUAAAGCUUUCCAUUUAUUGCAUGAGUUAUUUGUCUGGGUCUCAGAAAUUGUUAUCCCCUUUUCUACCCUAGAAGGUGCCAUUUUUUAUAAUGAUUUACUUGUUUCCUUUCCGAACGAAGCAUCUUAUAUCUGAUGACAUACUGUCGCGAUGUUCUUCAUUAUCAGAUCCAAAAUGCUGGGGCAGUUCUUUCUUUUACAGACAAUAUUCUAAAUAUGGAUGGAAUACUCAAUUUCCACAAAUGAACCUUAGGAAUAUAUCAUCAUGUGUGACUAAGGACCCUGAUGGACUACCUUGGACUUCUGGAGAUAAAUUUAUACUUAGAGCAACAAUGGCAGCUGGGUUACCCAGUAUCACAAAUGUGAGAUCAUUUGCAACCCAAGCAAAAGCUCCUGCCCAAGCGCGACAAAUGGGAGCACUUCAAGUAUCUAUGCUGAGUCCUGGAUUUGUGUACGAGCCAUAUGCUCCUCGAGAAAAGAUUCCUUUUUGGAAAAGAUGGUUUACAAGAAGUGGUUGGAGAAGAACAGAGGAGGAUGUUAUCCUAGAGCUCAAAAGUGCUUAUGCAAUUGCUAAACUUCGCAAAACUGGAUACAACAAGCAUAAAUUUUACAAUGAAGCCUUUGACUUGUACAAAGAGAUAAGCACGCUUGUGGCACAAGGAAACAAAACAUCUUUGAGGAAGUUAGUUACAGAGAAGAUGUAUUCUGCUCUGAAGAAUGAAAUUAAGCUAAGAGAAUCAAAAUGGAGUAAAUUGGAUUGGGAGCUAGUGGGGCCAGCAGUUAAAAUACGUACACUCCGUGCUCGACUGAUUGGAGUUGAUCGGAAUGAUCUUAGUAAAGUGUUCGUACAGCUGACACUUGAGUUUCUUACUAAACAGAAAUUUGAGGCAUGUGAUGCAACCGGGAAUGUCGUUGCUGGAGACAAAGACAAGGAGGUUCUUGUUCGUGAGAUAUGGGUUUUUGAGAAAUCGCUCUUCCACCCAGGAGCAUCCUGGCGCCUCUGUGGACGAAUCAAUACUUAACUUGGUCAUCAUUCCAGUGAGGAGGAAAAUUCUCUUGACUGCAACAUAGAAGUAUACUCAUCCACAUUAUCCUUUUUGUUUCAGUCGCUGAAAUCAUAUUAAGUUUGCCUGAUGGAAAGAAUUGGCAUCCAUCAUCUUAUAGCCCCAAGGGUGAUUUCUCCACAUCGUUUGAACAGAGUAACACAUUAGUUAUGCUCAGCCAAUAAUCUAUUGAAAUCCUGAGUAGUUUACAACUUCAUCAGAAGUAAAUGAUAUUGAUUUUUAUUUGAUUUUUUGGUUGUCCCUUCUCAUUUUUGGACAUUGACCGUGUUUAAAUGAUCUAGUUUUGGUGCAAAGAAGUUUGUAAGGAACAAAAUUUGCUUUUUUCUCGUGUUUAUCUGGUGUAAUCCCAAAUUAACUCUAAAAUUAAGGUUUUUUUUAUUUGCAAGUGUUGCUUUAUUCCUCUGAUGAAAAAAGAUGUUUCUUCUAAGUCCAUUGUUGGAUGUUUUGCGGAAGCAAGAAGAAAAGAACCUUGCUUGAAGUCAAAUUAUUCCUUUUGCUUCACAUUUUCGCCUCUCUCCUUGCCC